GCGGAAUCCAAUGUAGACUUCACUCUAACGACUCUUAAAUAAUCCCUUUCAACUUCCUCCUCUCCAUAAAACCCCAAUUUUUCUUCAUUCAAUCAGUUCCAUCACCAAAAUCCCAUUCAAAUUUAGUCAUAUGUUAGUGUAAAAAGCAUCUAUACGAACCCAAAAUGUCAAAAUCCCCACUCCCUUCUUGUUUCCGACCUGCAACCACGAAAACUAUAACCCACCACCACUCCACCACGGCGCUGCCGCCGUCAUCCACCAACAAUCCUAACCUAAUCACCUGUCUUUACAACACUGGUUUAGGCCUGUUUGCCUUAACAUGGUCCCGCAAUCUCUUCAGCCGGAGCCUCCAUCUCCACUUCCUCCUUGACAACAGAUCCUCCUCCGCCGCCGCCGUGGAGGAAAAUGACAAAGACUUCACUUUUCCUUCCUUACCCACAUCUUCCUUUCACCUCCUUAUCAAGCCCUUUAUUUUCUGGAACAAACAAGGCUCUAAAAGGCUUGAUAUCAACAUCAAAUCAGUUAAAAAUGCUUACAUCUUUUGGGAUCUUUCUAGAGCCAAAUACGGAGCUGGACCUGAGCCACAGACCGGAUUCUACAUCGCCAUUGUUAUAGAUGGUGAAAUGGUAUUACUAGUUGGUGAUUUUGCAAAAGAAGCCUAUGCAAAAACCAAAGCAAGAAAUCCCAACAGAAACCAAACAAUGGUGUUAAGAAGAGAGCAUGUGUAUGGCAACAAGCUUUACACUACAAAAGCCAAUUUUGGUGGCAAAGAGAGAAACAUCUCCGUGGAUUGUAGAAUUGGUGACGACCCUAGAUUAUAUAUGUCAGUCGAUAGCAAAAGGGUUCUGCAGAUCAAGCAUUUGAAAUGGAAAUUUAGAGGUAACGAGAGAAUUGAAGUUGAGGGAGUGAAUGUACUGGUUUCAUGGGAUGUGUACAACUGGUUGUUCGAAGAAAAUCGUGAAGAUGGUUAUGCAUUGUUCACAUUCAGAUUUGAAGAUGAUGAAGAUUAUGGGAAUGUGAUUUGGUCACAACAGUCAUUUGGAUUUGGAUUUGAGACCAAGAAAAUGAAGAAAGGUUUGUUGAGAUCGGCAGGAAGUUCAUCUUCUUCGUCAUUGUCAUCAGUUUCUUCUACUUGCAGUUCUGUUAUGGAAUGGGCAAGUAUGGAAGAGAAUGAAUUGAAGGUUCUUACUGGAUUUUCUUUGUUGAUUUAUGCUUGGAAAAGCUGAAGAUUUUUUUCUUUCUUUUUCAAUUUUCACUAACCCGUUUGUUCAUGAACAUAAUAUCGAAAUAAAUAAAAAAGAUUUAUCAGAACUCAUAGCAUUUGUCAAUUCACCUGCCCAGUAAAGGGAAAAUUAUUUUUUGUUUGUAGUGUUUUUAUUGUACCAAAGUUGCAGAAAAAUCGAUUGAUGAAGAAAAUACAGAAGAUUAUUUUUUUUU